UCAUAUUUCACAUUCUUUCAGCUGAAACAAGGAACCGUGGACAUUUGUAAAAUAUCGUAUUGAAACCCUUCUAAUCUUGUAUCCUGUUGCCUCGUGAAGCUUUUGCAUUUUUACAGAUUAAAUAUUUAUGUACAAAGUGUGGGAGGCUGUCAGAAAAUACCAGAAGUUAACUCUCCCUUCUGUGGAAACACUGGUCCUGAGAAACAGACCGAUUACAAUGGAUGAAGAAACCUGGGUACAAACAGUUAUCCCUUUGAGCUCUCAAGUCCCUGAAGAUUCAGUAAGAAUUGAUCCUGAAACUAAACCACAGACCACUAUUCACUCAUCUGUUCCUCUACCAGGCAGCGUUAUUGAUUAUUCAGAGGAGAUACAAGAACGUCCUUCAUGUGUGGUUAAAAGUGUUAUGAUUGAAGACACACCUGAGGAGGAUGGAGAGGGAAACUCGUGGCUGCACAAGCUUGGAAUGAAUAUAAACAAGUGGUCAUUUCUGAAUUCCCUGGUUGGUUGGAGUGAAAACAAAGCUGUAGAAAAAGUAGAUCAUCUGAAUAUAUUUGGAGUUUGUUCUGAUGGUGACCACAAAGCAACUGAGCUGGAAGAAUGUACAACCAAAGAAGAAGUUCCAUAUAUUCCAUACAAGUUAGCUACAUUAUAUAUCAUCAAGAUUGUAAAAGAUAUGCAACAAAUGAAAAACAAACAUAUGAAGAUAAUCAGAGAACUAGACAAUAUAAGGAAAGAAAACCAGGAGCAGGCUAUAACUACUAUAAAGAAACAUUACGGUGAGAAAAUGAGGAGUCUGAAAUCCCAGUUAGAAGCUUACCGAGAGCUGAUGAACAAGAGCAACACACACUGGCAAGAUACAAUUGAGAGCCUGAGGGAAACAAACAGACAACUGAUCCAAGAGAAGGAAGAUCUCCUUCACCAAAUGAAGAAACAAACAGAGAAAGGGGAAGAAGAAAAGGUCUGGAUUCGAGAAAAUUUGUGUAAAAACCUAGAUUAUCUUUAUACCCAGCACACACUGACUUUGCAGGAACUUCACAACAUCAGUUUAUAUGUGGAAGGAGUGCAUGACCUCAUGCGUGUCCAGGUAGCUAAUGAAGAAGAGAAGCCUGAAUGGUUGACAGAAAAGGGAUAUCUUUGGCAAGCACACGCCAUACUGCAAAAGAUACAGGAAUCUUUACAGAAACGGGAGAGAGAGGUCACCGAGCUCCUACAAAGUCAAAGGAGAUAUAACAAAGCAAUGAAACCUCAAAUCACAGUGCUAAUAUUCUUGAAAACACUUGUCAAGAAGGUUCACACCAUGUAUUGUGAUGUCCCUGGGGCACAACGGUACAUCAGUCAGCUUAUCAGGAAGAACGAGGAUGAAAGGGCUGAUCGGAAAGAAGCCUUUAAUAAUGCUCAGGCUGACAUUCUGUCCUAUGAAGUAUUUUAUGGAAAUGAACCUAUGGAUGACAAAAGAAGACCCUGCAACAUGCUCUGAAGAGCCACCAUCCAGAGGAACUCAUGCAGAAGUUUAAAAUGGAAAUCAAGAAAACAUGCCUUUGCCUGGUGGCAGAACUGUUCAUCUCCUGGAGAAACAUAUCUCACCGUACCUAAAUUAAAAAUCAGCUCAGCUGAAAUGGUCAACAUCAUUAGUGACAUUCACAUGCCUUCGCUUGCAUGCUUUUUACUGAAACAGGUUUUCCUCAGGUCUGGCCCUACUUAGCCUGACCCUGUGCAAGAAAAGAAAUGGUACUUCCUCUUCAGUCCUCGCUUCCCCUCAUCUUCUCCUCCAGCUUUUGGCAUGCAAUUCAUGUGAAAGUCUCGUACCUUUUCAACAAUUAGACAGUCCCGGGGUAAUGACACCUUGUUCAUCACAUAGAAACAAAAAUAAAUGUCAUAGGCAUCACCUGAAACAAAUAACAGUAGCGUCCUUCUUCCUAGAGAAGAAGGUCUCUAAAUGGAAGUUGAUGUCUAAUUUAUUUGGCAAUAUAAUAGGUCACAUUUUACUUUUUGUUGUUGUUGUUGUUAGUUGAAGGCCACAACUAUGUUAGAGAAUUAGAAGGCAAACUAACAGUAGCAGUCAGCUAAUGUAAACUCUCUAACACACUCUAAGAGCAAAGGAAAAGUGGGGCAAUGUGUAAUUAUUAUCGUUAAUGCGAAAAUGAAAACAGAAAAGGUGGAAUUGUUAGCCUUAGGGCCUGGUUGGGUGUUUCCCAUAAAAGAUUGUGUUUUACACACACAAGUCGUAUUCUGUAUAGCUAGGCAGUCAUUGAAUGAGAGGAACAAUUCCAAAGAGAAACUAGCAUUUCCACUCAGGCUGGCAGCCUGUCACGAGUAGGGUCCCCCAGGGAUCGACACUGGGCCCCACACUGUUCAACAUCUUAAUAAAUGAUCUGGACGACGGCACUGAAAGCACCCUCAUGAAGUUUGAUGAUGACACUAAACUGGCUGGUGAGGUGGACGCAUCAGAAGGGAGAGCCAUCUUGCAGAGAGACCUGGACAGGCUGGAAGAGUGGGCUAGCAAGAACUGUAUGAAGUUUAACAAAGUGCAAGUCCUGCAGCUGGGAUGACAUAAACAAAGAGCCCAAUACAGGCUCGGAUCUGUGUGGCUGGGGAGCAGCCUUGCUGAGAGGGACCUGGAGGUCCUAGUGGACAACGCACUGAACAUGAGUCAGCAGAGUGCUGCUGCACCAACCAAGGCAAAUUGGAUUCUGAGCUGCAUCUUCAGGGGUAUUACUAGCAGAGAUAGAGAUGUGAUCAUCUCACUCUACUCAGCGCUUGUCAGGCUGCACUUGGAGUACUGUGUCCAGUUCUGGUCCCCACUAGUCAAGAAAGACUGGAGAAGGUCAAAGGAGGGCUAGAAAGAUGAUCAAAGGGCUGGAGAACCUACCCUAUAGGGAAGGACUGAAGAAAUUAGGUCUCUUCUCACUGGAGAAGAGAAGGCUCAGGGGGGCCUCAUCACAGUAUUCCAGUACUUAAAGGGCAGCUACAAAAGAGCAUGGAGACUCUCUUCAAAAGGAGCCACAUGGAGAAGACAAGGGGUAACAGGUAAAGGUUGCACCAAGAGGUUUCUUCUCAGUGUAAGAAAGAAUUUUUUUACAAUGAGAACAAUCACUGGAACAACCUCCUCAGCAACAUGGUGGAGUCCCCGUCACUGUAAGUUUUUAAGAUGCAGUGGGACAGGGUGCUAGAUAAUCUCAACUAGGCUCCUUUUCCCAUGUGAGUUUGGACCUGGUGGUCUUUCGAGGUCACUUCCAACCUGGGCUGUUCUGUGAUUUUAUUGAUGUUGGCAGUAUAGAGUAAGACCAGAGGUGUGCCUGGCUGCACAGGGGAGCGCUCUGCUCCCUGUUGAGCAAAUGUACCCUUAGAAGUGCUGGUCAUUGUCUGAGGAAAACGCAAAUGGGCUCUAGAGACAUUUUCUCUUACAUUCCCAGUGGAAUUCAAGUCUGCUGGUAACAGUGAUCUUUUCCUAUCAAAUGCAGUCAAUUAGCUUUACAGUGAUAACUUCCAGUAGCAUGGACUUUGUUGAUAGUGGCUCCCCAUCUGUUUAUUCGUUUGGGUCCCACUUUAAUGAACAGAAAUCAGAUAAACCUAAUUGCAGAGAGAUGUUUUUCUUCUUGUUGCUGGUUAAGGACUUAUUGAAGAACGUAGAAAAUUACCCCACAGUCUAAUCUGUCUGGUUAUGAGCCUAGUUUUCUUAUUUAUCUACUUAAGUAUUUUAAUGACCAUAAAUUUAGAUAGUGCAUGUUUUUAACAAAUUGCAUGGGCCUAAGUUUUGUUCUGUUCAAUUUCCCUAGUAAAUUAGGAGAAAGUUGUCCUUGCUUUGCAAUUGUUCAGCUAAGGCUUGAUACACGUCCCACAUGUUGU